UGCAGAAGGGACCUGGAGCGGAAAGGAAGGACGGGACAACCGAGGAGCAGAUUGGAGCCGGGAAGGGCGGAGAGGCGGGCGGGGCGGGCGGCGGGGCGAGGCGAGCGCACACAGACACAGCCCCUGCCUCCGCCUGCCGUGACAGUCGCCCGGAGUCCCCGGGACCGCGUCCCGCUCGCUGCCGCUGGCUCCCCGUGCCCACCUUCCGCAGCCCCUUCUCGCUAUCGCCGGGCCGGGGCGGCAGCUCCGCCAGCCGCAUGCCCGGAGCGGGGCAGGAGCAGGACGGCGCAAGAAAAAAAAUGAAUUCUGAAAGCUCAGCCCUUACCAUGAGUAGCCCUGCUGUAAUAAACCAGUGUGCCAGAGGAGGAAUGGAGCAAGAAAAAAUUUGGCCGAAACAGCAGCAACAGAAUAAUUUUUCCUUGUUUUCUUCCACCAAGGGCUGGAAUUUCAGAGGGAAAAAACGGAAACAGAGUACUCAAGAUGAAGAUACAAUCAGUAUCUGCAGCCUGGAUACAAGUGAGCCCAGUAACAAACGGGUCAAGCCUCUUUCCAGAGUCACAUCCCUGGCCAGCCUCAUCCCCCCCGUGCGAGCCACUCCGCUGAAGCGCUUCAGCCAGACCCUGCAGCGCUCCAUCAGUUUCCGCAGCGAGAGUCGCCCCGAGCUGUUCAGCCCGCGGCCGUGGUCCCGCAAUGUGCCCCCUGCUAACACCAAGAGGAGAGAUAGCAAACUCUGGAGUGAGACCUUUGAUGUCUGUGUCAAUCACAUGCUUACAUCCAAGGAAAUCAAGAGGCAAGAGGCUAUCUUUGAACUUUCCCAGGGAGAAGAAGACCUGAUAGAAGAUCUGAAGUUGGCAAAAAAGGCUUAUCAUGACCCAAUGCUUAAGCUUUCCAUAAUGACAGAGCAAGAACUGAACCAAAUUUUUGGAACACUGGACUCUCUAAUUCCUUUGCAUGAAGAUCUUCUUAGGCGACUUCAGGAAGUCAGGAAACCUGAUGGAUCAACAGAUCAUGUUGGCCAUAUCCUCGUGGGUUGGCUGCCAUGCCUGAACUCCUAUGACAGCUACUGCAGCAAUCAAGUGGCAGCCAAAGCUUUAUUGGACCACAAGAAACAAGACCACAGAGUGCAGGAUUUCCUGCAGCGCUGCUUGGAGUCUCCCUUCAGCCGCAAGCUGGACCUCUGGAACUUCCUUGACAUCCCCAGAAGCCGUUUGGUGAAAUACCCACUAUUGCUCAGAGAAAUUUUAAGACACACACCAAAUGAUCAUCCAGAUCAACAGCAUCUCGAAGAAGCUAUAAAUAUAAUUCAGGGCAUUGUGGCUGAAAUCAACAUAAAGACUGGUGAAUCUGAAUGCCAGUAUUACAAAGAGAGACUUAUUUAUCUCGAAGAAGGCCAAAGGGAUUCAUUGAUUGAUAAUUCACGUGCUGUUUGUUGUCAUGGGGAACUGAAGAACAACAGGGGAGUGAAACUGCACGUGUUCCUCUUUGAAGAGGUGCUGGUGAUCACUCGGGCUGUGACCCACAACGAGCAGCCGUGCUACCAGCUGUACCGGCAGCCGAUUCCCGUGCGGGAGCUGCUGCUGGAGGACCUGCAGGACGGAGAGGUGCGCCUGGGCGGCUCCUUGCGCGGGGCCUUCAGCAACAACGAGAGAAUCAAAAACUUCUUUAGAGUCAGCUUCAAAAAUGGAUCCCAAAGCCAGACUCACUCUCUCCAAGCCAAUGACUCCUUCAACAAGCAGCAGUGGCUGAACUGCAUCCGGCAGGCCAAGGAGAAGGCAGCGGCGUGCGCGGGCACGAGCGGGCCGGAGGCGCGGUGCCCCCGCGGAGAGGCCCUGGAGCGGAUGGAGCAGUCGGACUGUGAGUCGGACUGCAGCAUGGACACCAGCGAGCUCAGCGCCGACUGCGAGCGCAUGGAGCAGACGAACUCCUGUGAGAGCCAAAAGCAAAUAGAAACCAAUGUUUGACAAAAACUUACAGCUCCUGGAAGAAAGCCUGUCUCUUACCUGUACAGUAUUUGCAUUCCAUACGUGGAACCAUUCGGAGAAGCACUUUUAGAAUGUUUUUUGUGACAAUGUCAAUGCAGUUCUUGUAUUUGUACCUGUGAGUGUCGUACUGUAACUGCCCAUCUGUAUAAGCUGGAAUCUCUUGCAACUCGUGUCCUGUGAUGAUAUUCCAUAAACACCCAAGGUGGAUGAAAGAGGUACUUGACCAGUUAUUCUCAAUGUCCUGCUGUAAACAAAAUCUCUAAACUACUGUUUAUAUAUGCAUUACAUAAAUAACCUUUCCCUAAUUUUUAAGUACUUUCUUUGCCCUUUAAAGGGGGCAGCUGAAGAUGUGGACUUAUCAUCUUGAAAUUCCAUAUUUUCUUAAAGGUAUGGAAAGAAAAAGUAGUUUCUUGGAAAAAAGAAAACUAUCUUGCAAUAAGCUACCCAAACUCCUGUGGUAUUAAAUCAGCAAGAACUACAAACAGCGGGCCAUGAAACCAGAGACUCUUUAGGGAUUUAUUUUUCAAAAUGAAGCACUGUCCUAAGAUCCAGCAGCCAGAUUUACUAAAAUCUGGACAUUUCAAAUGGUCAGCAUAGUUAGAUGGUUUAUUUUUCAAAGAAUGUAAUGCUAAAAAUAAUCAACUAAAAAAACCACAACCAAACCUUACAGCCAGCACUGAAUUAAUGGAAAUGCUGAGAAUACUGGAUGUUUGUAAAUAAGCUGGUAAUUUGCUUUCAGUGCCAUAUAUAUAUAUAUCUUAUCCCAAACAGAAUAAGAGUGGAAAGGAGCUUUUGCUUGUGAAUAGGCCCUCUUCAGCAUUUUGCACUCCACUGACCUCCACUGUUGGUUUUAAGCACCACUAAUGUUAAAACAUUUAAUGUUCUGUAAAUGUCUGUUUACAAUUACAUGUAGUUGGUUUUUAAAACUAAGUGAUGAUUUUUUUACAAAUGGUGCUCUACAUAUAUACCCUGUGGGAUUAUGUAGAGAGAGUUUAAACAAAAAGGGAAAUUUUUGUCCUUUAAGAUGUAUUACAUCCUUUUUACUUUCCUCAAGUUUUGUUUUAAAAGUUUUUGUUGCGUUUCAUUUCAUACUGUAAUUGGAAAUGUUACUGUGUUUUCUGGUGGCUGAUUUAACCUACUCAUUAUGAUGAGAAGCAGAUGAGUCACUUAAAUGCAGUCUAAAACACAUAGUGAUCAUCCUGUUAUUUUUCAGGAAUCCCUGGGUAGUAUUUUAUUUCUUAAUGUAAAAAAUCAUGCCAGUGCUGUGUGGCAAGCUAUGAAAAUGAUAUAUUACAAAUUUUAAAUGAUUCUUGGUAUCACAAAAGAUAACCUGUGCAAAGUACUUGUAACAACAAAAGUAGAAAAACUGCUAAGUUAUUGCCAAAAAUAUUUUUUCUUGUGUUCUACAAGUUUACAUAAAAUUUACUAGUUAUCUUACAUAUAUAUAUGCUGAUGUGCAUUACCGAAAUCAGUGUGACAAGAUGAUAAACAAUAUAAAACAAGGUAUUUUUAUUUUUUAAAAAAUGGCAUUUUUACCCUAUAGAACAUAUUUCUGUAUUUAUAGUUUUUAAAAAAAAAAUCGAUUUUCUUUCUGUUUCAGGCUUUGUAAUUUAUUUCAACUGCUUCGGUUUUAGAGCUGAAUGAGUGAAGAUGAAAGGAAAAAUCUGCAAAAGAAAAGGCAUAGGGAAGUUAAGCAAAAAUGUUGAUAAAGAGCAAAAGGCAUGUAAAAUGUUCAGGUAGAGAAGAAAGAAGGAAUGUGUCUUUUGACUUUUUUUAUUAAUGGCCUUAAACUUUUCUGGAAGCAUUUCAAAUAAAUUACAUUAAACCAC